GGGAGCAGCGGGGCGAGGGGCGGCUCGGCUGGGUAGCGCUGCUACUGCUGCCGCGGUGCAUGUUUCCAUAUUGCUCGGUGCAUGAUUUAGAGGAGAGGAGGAGUUGGCAGCGGCAGAGAGCGGGGAUCCGCGCCGCCAGCGGCCCUGCCUUUCUUCUUGCCCCUCUGUGGCAUCGAGGCUGCUCUGCCUGCACGCCUGCCCUGCGGCGGCCCCCGGGCUCUCGGAGAGCGCCUGUGCCCCCCGGGGCCGGAGCGGCGGCGGGGUGCGAGUGUGCGUGCGGGUUUAGGGGGGGUGGGGGCUGUGUCUGAACCAGUUAGGAAGAAUGACUCUGGAGUCCAUCAUGGCGUGCUGCCUGAGCGAGGAAGCCAAGGAAGCCCGGCGGAUCAACGACGAGAUCGAGCGGCAGCUGCGUCGGGACAAGCGGGACGCCCGCCGCGAGCUGAAGCUGCUGCUGCUGGGCACAGGAGAGAGUGGCAAAAGCACAUUUAUCAAGCAGAUGAGAAUCAUUCAUGGAUCAGGUUACUCUGAUGAAGACAAAAGGGGCUUUACAAAACUGGUGUACCAGAAUAUAUUUACAGCAAUGCAGGCCAUGAUCAAGGCCAUGGAUACCCUCAAAAUCCCAUACAAGUGUGAAAAUAACAAGGUUCAUGCACUUUUAGUUCGAGAAGUUGAUGUAGAGAAGGUGUCAAGUUUUGAGAACCCAUAUGUAGAUGCAAUAAGAAGCUUAUGGAAUGACCCUGGAAUUCAGGAGUGUUACGAUAGACGACGGGAAUAUCAAUUAUCAGAUUCAACUAAAUACUAUCUUAAUGAUUUGGACCGCAUAGCAGAUUCCACCUAUCUGCCAACCCAGCAGGAUGUGCUCAGAGUUCGAGUCCCAACAACAGGGAUCAUUGAAUAUCCAUUUGAUCUACAAAGCGUCAUUUUCAGAAUGGUUGAUGUAGGAGGCCAACGAUCAGAAAGAAGAAAAUGGAUACAUUGCUUUGAAAAUGUCACAUCUAUCAUGUUCCUAGUAGCUCUUAGUGAAUAUGAUCAAGUGCUUGUGGAGUCAGAUAAUGAGAAUCGAAUGGAAGAAAGCAAAGCACUCUUUAGGACAAUUAUCACGUAUCCGUGGUUCCAGAACUCAUCAGUUAUUCUGUUCUUAAAUAAAAAAGAUCUACUAGAGGAGAAAAUUAUGUACUCCCAUCUAGUUGAUUAUUUUCCAGAGUAUGAUGGACCACAGCGGGAUGCACAGGCAGCACGAGAGUUCAUCCUGAAGAUGUUUGUAGACCUGAAUCCAGACAGUGACAAAAUUAUCUACUCUCACUUCACAUGUGCUACAGACACAGAGAACAUCCGCUUCGUCUUUGCUGCUGUCAAGGACACAAUCCUACAGUUAAACCUGAAGGAGUACAACCUGGUUUAACUGUACCUGGGGGAUCCUCCAAAACCAACUUGCCGUGAUUGAAGAUACACAAGAGGGACUGUAUUAUAAUCUGUGAAAACAAUUUGCAUAAUACUAAUUUAUUGCCGGCCUGGACUCUGUGAACGUCCACAGAGUUUGUAGUUAAUAUUAUGAUUUUAUUUAAAAUACAUGGAGGAAAAACAAAAGAUGCUGAAGUACAUUCACAGCACAUUUCCUCAUUUUUUAGGCAAAACCUUGUGACUCAAUGUGUUUCAAAUUCUCAGUUGUUCAUUUACAAAGGAUGGCAGUUUUUUGCUGUUGAAGCAAAAUCGAGCUGGUUUCCUCUUUCUCUCCCCCUCCUUUCCUACUCCCCUUAUCUUUUAAAAGGUACAAUGGCCUUUUUUUUCUCCCAGUUCCAUUCCUGGGUGAAAUAUUUUCUGUUGAGUGAUUUGAUCAGUAAAACACUAUCAUAACAGUUUAAGUCAUCAGUCAUUCUAAUUUUACAGUACGUACUUUCUUUGAAGGAUCAAAAAGUAUUGAUACUGUGAUUUUUAAAUUCUUUAUAUGGGUGUCUUCAUUCUGUCUUCACUUCUGUGACUAGAAUAUUUGGAUUGCAGAGCAGAAUUACAGUUGUCUAAGGGUAAUUAACCAUUGUUUUACAGUUAAGAAAGGUGCAGAGAAGACAGUAAUGAAGUAAUUAAGACACAAUCUGGGAUGUCCGUGGAAUAUGUUACAACCUCUUUUUAAUUGCCAUGUGCCAUUUUUUUCUCUCUUCUUUUGUUCACAAAUGCCAAAUAGAAAAAUCAUAGACACUACAUUUUCCCCAGUGGCUACAGCCUGAAACAGUGUUUUUCUCAGUUGUGUGGGGUGUUUUUUCUUAAGUUAGAGCUUUUUUAAGUGUUCUUUUUCCACAGUAGAAAAAUUAUUUUUAUUAUACAAAAUUCAUGUUGCCAAAUCUGGCUUUUUAUAAAAACAAUGCAUUUGAAACAUAAGAUUCUGAUUGAAAUGCCAAAUGGAUGGGUUGGGAACUGACCUGAUUGAAUCAACUGCCAAGUGAUUAACACACACAGUUUGAGCUCAUAUGUUCCCUUUUUUAGAAAGUGUACCAUUUUCUAAUACCAAAACCAACAUGUAAGUGAAUAUGCUAUGAGGUGUACCAUGCACCCGCAUGUAGUCUAGUAAUUAGAAGUCACUUGAGAUCUCUCAUUUUAUCACUUAUGACAUGAGAUUGUUUUCUGAAUAAUGUCAAGGCACCUUCAGUUGUAUUACAAGAAGUUAUUCAUGAGAGAUCAUGUUCAGGAACCUUUUUUGAUAAGGUUGAUUGUUAAUUGAUUCACAGGCAUUUGAUAGGCUUUUGUGCAAAAUAGCCUCUCUCAAUGUUCUUUAGAGCAGAUUUAUAAAUGUAAAUGAAGCAGUGAGAAAAUCAUUCUUGAAAUUUAAAUGUGCAAUUUUUUAACAACAGAAGUGCAGCACACAUUGAUGAGCCUUUAUUCUGCAGCUUAGGUUGAAAGGUGUUUUUUGACCAUGUGCGUGAUUGCUAGGAAGAAAACUCUAGAGUACAGACAUGUAAUUCGAUUAUCUAUAAUGCCAACUGGCACUAGAGCGCACUUAACACAAAAAUGGCUGCCAUGUAGCAGCAAAUGGGAGGUGGAAAAAAGAAUGGCUUAUUAGUUGAUUACCAAAGUUAACAAUAAAUACUAAUGAGAUGUUUUUCAUCCUUAACCUGCCCAAAUCCAAAGUAAUAAGGACAGUUGCUAUUUUUUGCUCCCUCUUAAAACACCUUGUAAUUUAAAACUGGUUAUAGGUAUAGUGCAAUUAUGAAUGCUAAAGUCAUUGUACAUACAUAUAUAUAUAUAUAUAUAUAUGGCAGCAUCCUUAUUGGCUUUGUAAUCAUUAAUUUUUGGCAAAUUGAAUGUGCUGUAUUGAUAUGUAUCUAUGUAAUUGUAUUGUAUGUCUUAUAGCUAAUUCACAUUUUAAAUAAUGUUAUUUUAUUUACUUUUUUAAGAGAGAAGAAUGUAAAUUUUGUCAGUUUAUUUCUGACUAGGGAUUUGUUGUUGUUUUUAUUUACAAAACAAAAUACUAUAGUACAGAGCGGUACUAGCAUCGUGCUGUAUAAAAUCAUUUGCACAUUCCUGAGUAGAACUAAAUUGGAGACACCAAGACAGAGAUGAUUCAGAUUCAAAACAAUGCUCAAAUCUUGUCAAGGCUUUAAACAGCUGUUGAAAACAAUCCUAUUGGAAUAACGUAUGCCAUUAUAUCUCAUAUUGGAACAUAAGCUUGAAAUACAAUUUUUAUUUGAUUCACAUUAGGUUACUUUCACUUUUCUAAUAGCUUUAUUGGAAAAGUAAAUUCAGAGAUAUUUCAAACCACUGUAUGUAAGUGCUAAUGCAGAUGUACUGUUGCCCUAAAAAUACCAUGAUAAAAUAUGAAACAUCAGAUCAGUUUUUCAGAAAUUGUGGAAACCUUAGGUAUAAAAACAACAACCAAAAGGUCACUAUUGUUAACAAUUUUAAACAGUUGAAGUGCUUUAUUUAAUGAAGCUAAAGCAAGUAGAUCUAGAUUAUAAAAAGUGACACUGAUAUUCUGAAUAGGGGAUCAGAGCAAUGACUCUUUCUUAAUAUAGCUUAACAAAAAUGGUCCUGAUCAUACUAUAAGUGCAACAAAGCUUCUGUUUUCACAAUUCCACUGUUGAUAAUAUCCCUUUCUUACUGCCUGGGAAUACAUUGCCCGCAUUGGAUUCAGUGCUAUAAAUGGA